AUGAGCUCUACCGAUUAUUCGAAGCCCUUAGCGACGCUCCUUCGUGAAAGUACCCAUGAAGCUCACGAGCUGGUGGCUAGAAGCUCAGGGGCAAAGCUGCUACUAAGCGGAGGCCUAAGCAAAGACGAGUACACGAAAUACCUGAUGAAUCUUUGGCAUAUUUACGAUACACUGGAGAGGUGCUUGGAAAAACACGCCACACAUCCAGCUCUUGAGCCGACAUAUAAUCCUACUCUACUCGCGAGAGCCUCAUCUCUCGCGGCAGACAUCUCAUUUCUUCUGAACGUCGAGGAAUCCGCAUGGAAAUCGCACCCAAUGCACGUUGCCUUGAUGGCGCAGCGACCGCGGAAUCUAUCAGCGUAUGUGGAACGCAUUCAAGCGCUGGGUGAUUCAAGUGAUCCCGCUCCCCUUCUUGCACACUCCUAUGUACGCUAUCUUGGGGAUUUAAGCGGGGGCCAGACGGUUCGCCAUGUACUAGCAAAGGCGUACGACCUCGAUGAAGCUUCUGGCUCAGGAAUUUCUUUCUAUGGUUUCAAGGAGCUGCGAUCGUCGAAUGCCGCUUCGCAAGGAGAAAUGAAACGGAUCAAGGAGUGGUUUAGAGAAGGUAUCAACACUGCUGGUAAUCUGGGCGUUGAGACCAAAGCAUCCAUCAUCGAAGAAGCGAACACGGCUUUCGAUCUCAACGCCAACCUAUUCACAUCCAUCACGGGAAACUCGCGCGUGGCUGUAACUCAUGACGCAACCGACGUCAACAAAGGAUAUACGUUAUCCCAAGUUGUGUCCGUCAUAUUGGCAGUCUGCAUUGCGCACUUCCUCCUCGUAGUAGGUGGCUUUACUGGUAGUCGAGGAUACCAGAAGCUCAUCGAGCUGGAGCAUUGGUUUACAACACUGUGGGCACGGUACCACGGAUAG